AUAUUUCAACUGCGUUUAAAUAGCGAAGCAGCCUCGAGCAGACAAGUCCAAAUCAAAUGUGAGGAAAGCCUUACCGACAAUGUUUCAUCUGCAGACUGACACGUAACAGACUAACACUGAAGAGGACGUUGUGGGGGACAAUUUGGAUGGCGUAAAGAUUCCGUGCGAAGAGCGACAUUAAUAUAUAAUUUACAGACCAUGAAUUAUGUGGGUCAGUUGGCGGGCCAGAUGUUUGUGCAGGUCAAGGAGCUAUACAGGGGACUCAACCCUGCAACACUGUCUGGAUGUAUAGAUGUCAUCGUGGUCCGGCAGCCCGAUGGCUCCCUGCAGUGCUCCCCCUUCCACGUCCGCUUCGGCAAGAUGGGGGUGCUGCAGUCCCGCGAGAAAGUGGUGGACAUAGAAAUUAAUGGAGAGCCGGUGAGUUUGCACAUGAAGCUGGGAGAGAAUGGAGAGGCCUUCUUCGUCAAAGAGACUGAGAACACGAUGGAAGUAGUUCCGUCCUACCUAGCAACGUCACCCAUUAUGUCAACGGGGGCGGAGUUAAUGGAGUCACAGCUGGGCAGGGGCAGUUUUCGUCUCCAUGACACCAUCCCCUGCUGUGCACUUCCUGUCCAGAGCCUGGGACUGCAGCAAAGUGAUGGCGGGAUAAUCAAGAAGAGGAGAAGGAGGAGGAGGAAGCCACGACCAGAGGCAGUCGGCGGAGGAGGAGGAGGGAGGAGAGAGGAGAGCGAGGAAGAGUUCUCAGAGGACCAGGACAUGUUUACUAUUGACUUGAGCUCGGAUGAGGAGAGAGGGGGUGACAGCAGACCUGUGUACGGUGACCAGGGGUCUAUAGCCAACACGCUCAUACACCCCAGCACUGAAUGGAUCGGUUCACAGAGUCACAUGAUUAAGGAGACUCUGUCCGUCCCUCCACCCUGUGGUCUGUCCAUCUCUUGUCCUCAGCAGACUUCUCACUUCUCCUCCCAUGUUAGCAACCCCGACGAUUCUAGGUCAUCAACACCAAAGAGCGACUCAGAGCUAACCAAUCAGAACAAAAACAAUCCUGAGAUGUUGUGGACCUGGGGGGAGCUGCCACAAGCUGCCCAGCCAGAUUUCCUGACUUCCCACCAGAAGCAGGACUCUGCCACAGCAGUCUCCAUUCCGGUGUCUUCCAGCACUCACUUCAGAGCCAUCAGUGACACUGGAUCUCCCUCCCCCACUCUCUAUGCUCCCCAGCCAGGGGAGACCGCUGCUCAUGAUGGGGACAAGGACACUGAAGAAAACAAAAAUGGAGACUUGGUCGGACGAAGCACUGAGACUGGGGACAGGGCUGGAGUGAGAGAGGAGGAGAGUGUUGAGCCAUUAUGUGCAGAAAUGGAGGGUUUAACAGCCUGCUCAGUGUCUCCCAGGAUUCUCCUUGAUCAUCUUGACGAAGGCGAGAACAGAGGAAGUCCCACCCGAACAACUGAUUCACCAUCCAAGAGGAAAGAAAAAAGAAGCCAACACCUUGGUGCUGAUGGCAUAUACCUGGAUGACAUUACAGAGCUGGAGCCUGAAGUAGCUGCUCUCUACUUCCCUAAAAGUGACGGAGGCAGUAGCUCAAUGAGAGGCGACUCCGAGAUGAUGAUGAUGGGGGUACGGAGCGCUAAUCAAUCCCCACAGUCAGUGGGCAGCUGUGGGAUGGACAGCGGCGUUGACAGUUUGUCCGACCAAGUAGGGGACCUCCCUCAUGUAACCAUCUCUUUGUGCGGAGGACUCACUGACAACAGGGAGAUCACAAGAGAGCAGUUCCAGGAGAGAGCAAUUUCCUACCAGCAGUUCUCUGAAAACCCUUCUAUUAUCGAGGAUCCUAACCUGGUGGUCAAGAUAGGAAACAAGUACUACAACUGGAACACAGCAGCCCCUGUCAUGCUGGCAAUGCAGGUCUUUCAGAAACCACUGCCGCAGGCCUCAGUGGAGAACAUUAUGAAGGAGAAGAUGCCAAAGAAAGGAGGACGCUGGUGGUUCUCAUGGAGGAGCCGGAACAGCGACUCCAAAUCAGACUCAGUGACAGAUGCAGGAGGAGACAGUGGAGAGAGCUCACUCACGAUGCCCUCAGUGAACAGCAUGAAGGAUGAGUCAUCCUCUAGUGAUGAGGACCACAGAUCGUCCAAUCAGGCGUCAGGAUCCUGCCAGCCAGAGCUCCUUCUGAGUUCAGGCAACGUCUGUUAUAAGAAGACUCUUCGGCUCACCUCAGAGCAGCUGGCUAGCUUGCAGCUGAAGGAGGGUCCUAAUGAUGUGGUGUUCAGUGUGACCACUCAGUACCAGGGCACCUGUCGCUGUCAUGGCACAAUCUAUCUUUGGACCUGGGAUGACAAAAUAGUUAUCUCCGAUAUAGAUGGAACCAUCACCAGGUCAGACACUCUGGGUCACAUCCUCCCCACACUGGGUAAAGACUGGACCCACCAGGGCAUCGCACGGCUCUACCACAAAGUCAGCCAAAAUGGAUAUAAGUUCAUGUACUGCUCGGCGAGGGCUAUUGGCAUGGCUGAUAUGACGCGAGGCUACCUGCACUGGGUCAAUGAGAGGGGAACCAUGCUGCCAGUGGGCCCGGUGCUGCUCAGCCCCAGCAGUCUUUUUUCUGCCUUGCACAGGGAGGUGAUUGAGAAGAAACCAGAGAAGUUUAAGAUUGAGUGUCUGACAGACAUAAAGCAACUGUUCUAUCCCAACACUGAGCCUUUCUACGCUGCGUUUGGCAACAGAGCGACGGAUGUGUAUUCCUAUAAGGAGGUCGGUGUUCCUCUGAACCGGAUUUUCACUGUCAAUCCAAAGGGGGAGCUGACGCAGGAGCAUGCCAAAACCAAUAUCUCCUCCUUUGUGCGUCUGUGCGAGAUGGUCGACCAUGUCUUCCCGCUCCUAGCCCGAAAUGAGGGGGCAGACUUCCCCUGCUCUGACACCUUUGACCAGUGCUACUGGAACAAACAACUUCCUGAUGGCACCAACCAGCAAGAAGAAGACCCGCAACCACUUGAGACAAGCUGAGGAAACCCCCUCACGCUGCGUCCCACCACACUGUGGUCAGUAGUUUCGCAAUUCAUUGUGAAGCCGGCAGCCUAGAUUCACAGUGAAGGAUUAUUUUAGAAACACCUGAUCAAAGAACUGUACCUGAUGAAUGAAUGACGCUCUGUGGCUCCUUCAAGGAUCUAAGACUUUACUUAAGAUAAGUAACUGUGACUACUGAUUGAAAGUAAAUGAAUGUGUUUUCAAUACCCCACAUCAACAAACCACCUUGCCAUCAUUCAACAGUGAGAACACAAGCAAACCUAAGGGUUCAUUACAAGUAAGACUGCUGUGUCGGGGGGGGGGGGGGGGG